AUGAGAGCUACUCAUUUGCCUCGCGUCGCAGCCUUUCUCCUAUCAUUACCGUCAACCCUGGCCAUUCCCGACCUCUCUGCAUCCCGCCACCUAUGGUACAAAUCUCCUGCUCCAGCAUCAGACUGGGAGAACGGUGCCUUACCAAUCGGAAAUGGCCGCCUCGCAGCGACGGUUUACGGCGGGGUGGGCAUUGAAGUCGUCACAAUAAACGAGAACACGAUCUGGUCGGGGCCGCUGCAAGAGCGCACACCAGGGAACGCGCUGUCCGCAUUACCGGUUGCCAGAGAGCUGUUGCUGAAUGGGAGUAUCACCGAAGCAGGCAACUUUAUCCAAAGGGAGAUGAUGCAUGAGAUCGAAAGUAUGCGGGCGUACAGUUACUUUGGGAAUUUCGAGAUUGAACUUGGACAUGGUGAGGAAGAGGUUGAGGAAUAUACAAGGUGGUUGGACACCAGGAGGGGCGAUGCAGGCGUUGAAUAUGUUGUUGACGGGGUCAAGUACACACGGGAAUAUAUAGCGAGCUAUCCGGCUGGGGUUCUUGCUGCACGGUUCACCUCCAGCGAAGAGGGUGCUCUGACCCUGAAUGCCACCUUUUCUCGUGCGUCGGACGUGACCUCACUGGAGGCUUCUGCGUUGGAUGAUACACCGUGGAUCAGGCUGAGUGGAACGAGUGGUCAGCCUGUUGAGGAGGGUCCCAUUGUCUUCAGCGGGCAGGCCAGCUUCGUGGCUGAAGGAGCCAACUUUGCUGCCAGCAACGGCACCCUUACAAUCACGAAUGCCACGACAAUCGAUAUCUUCUUCGACGCAGAGACGAACUACCGCCACGCCGAUGAGGACGCGAUUGAUGCAGAGAUCACUCGCAAGGUUUCCAACGCCCUCGACAAGGGUUAUGAGAGGAUCAGAGACGAGGCACUCGCCGACUCAUCGUCCUUCCUCGACCGCGCCUCAAUCUCUUUGGGUAACUCAACAGACGAAACCCGCGACCUCCCCACGGACGAACGAAUUGCACUGGUCCGCUCAGCUGCAGGACUAGUUGAGGACCACGAACUCGCCACAUUGGCAUGGAACUACGGCCGACAUCUCCUUGUCGCCUCGUCCCGAAACACUGAUGCGGAUAUCGAUCUUCCGGCAAACCUGCAGGGAAUCUGGAACAACGAGACUACUGCCGCCUGGGGAGGAAAGUACACGAUCAACAUCAAUACGGAAAUGAACUACUGGUCCGCGGGUCCCACAAACCUCAUCGAGACACAAGAGCCGCUUUUCGAUUUGUUUAAAGUUGCGUACCCACGCGCAGAAAAGCUCGCAAAGGACAUGUACAACUGCAGCGGUAUAGUCAUCCACCACAAUCUGGAUCUAUGGGGUGAUCCAGCUCCGGUCGACAACUACACCUCAUCAAGCAUGUGGCCGAUGGGCGCUGCGUGGCUGGCAACGCACUUAUUCGACCAGUACCAGUUCACCGGCGACAAGGAGCUUCUCGCUGACACAAUCUACCCGCAUCUCGUCGAAGUGACAAAGUUCUACCAGUGCUACACGUUCGAGCACGAAGGGUACAAAGUCACCGGCCCCUCCGUCUCGCCCGAAAACACAUUCGUGAUCCCGGACAACUGGACCGUCGCCGGAAACACAGCCGCAAUGGACAUCGCCAUCCCCAUGGACGACCAGAUCAUCUGGGAAGUAGUCAACAACCUGCUCGCCGCAGCAUCGGAGCUCGGUCUCCCCGAAGACGACGAAACCGUCUCAGCCGCGCGAUACUUUCUAUCCCAAAUCCACCCACCCCGCAUCGGCGCCGCAGGCCAGAUCCAAGAAUGGCGAUUUGACUACGAGAUGUCUGCCCCGGGCCACCGCCACCUCUCACCCCUCUUCGGUCUGCAUCCCGGAAGCCAGUUCUCGCCACUGGUGAACAGCACUCUUAGCACGGCGGCAGAAGUCCUCCUUGACGACCGUCUGAGUCACGGCUCCGGAAGCACGGGGUGGAGUAACGCGUGGUUCAUCAACCAGUAUGCGCGAUUGUACCGGGGUGAAGACGUCUGGGCGCAGAUUGAGAAGUGGUUCACCCUUUACCCGACGAAUAACCUGUGGAACACGGAUGACGGGGCGACGUUCCAGAUUGAUGGGAACUUUGGGCUCACGAGUGGGAUUACGGAGAUUGUGCUGCAGAGUCAUGCGGGGGUUGUGCAUAUUCUGCCUGCGUUGCCGGGCGAGAGUGUCCCGCAGGGUUCGGCGAGGGGGUUGAGGGCCAGAGGGGGGUUCGAGGUUGAUGUUGAGUGGGAGGGUGGACGGUUAAAGAAUGCGGUUGUGAAGUCGCUCCGUGGUGGGCUUUUGAAGCUCAGGGUGCAGAAUGGAGAGGAAUUUUAUGUUGAUGGGGAGAAGUAUGAAGAGGCUUUGGAGACUGAGGAGGGAGGGGUGUAUGUCCUCACGCUGGGGUGA